AUGAGCUCACUGACUAGAGCCUUAAUAGAGAUCCACACUUUAUUUUUUCCUCAUGAGCGCGCUCCAAAGGUUCCUAUUGCUAGGGCAGAUCGCCCCACACAGCUGAUGCAUGCCGCUCGAGCAGGGCAGAUAGACAAGGUUGGCGCCAAUUUGCAUGAGGCACGUGUGGCCCGUCAUGAUAGGACAGCGCUAAUGUUGGCUGCCGAAAAUGGACACCUAGAAUGUUGCAAGUUAUUAGCAGAAGCGGGGGAGGCUGGAAUGGUGGACGAGAGAGGCGUGACAGCUCUUUCGAGAGCCAUAGCAGCAGAGCGGUUUUCGUGCGCAUUCUUCUUGUGUCCGUAUGAGGGACAACUAUCUGGCAUUACUCCGUUGAUGCAAGCAGCCGCACUAGGUGAUUGCGACCAGCUACUUCUAAAUACUAGAUACCUCGAUAAGAAGGACCUUAAUGGAUACACGGCAACAAUGUUUGCUUCCCUUUACGGCAACAUUAAGUGUUUGGAGUACUUAUUUGUGAAUGAGCAAACUCUAGAGGAUUUUUCAUUUAUCGGCGUGCUUCAGUUGGCCAUAAAGCAGAGUCAGCUGCUGUCUACAUCAUUCCUUAUUCACCAAAGACCGCAUUUGUUUUCCAAUCUCUUCUGUAAUAACGACAUGGAGCUAAGCAUUGGUUGGAGCAUGUGCCUUACGAACGCACUUACAAUGCUGAGUAGCACGAAUACCGCUCUUCAAACGACACCCUUGAUGUACAAGGUAGCUCUUGGGCAACCCAUAAGUACGACUGAUCUGGAUACCUGGGCAACGAAGAGGGACUUUCACAAGCGGACAGCACUAAUGUACUGUGGGCAAACAAACACCAAUCCUCAGCACACUAUCGACCUACUUAUAGAAAGGGAAGCAGGCCUGCGAGAUCACUCGGGAUACAUGGCCUUCUGUUAUGCGUUUAUGACGCAUAACAUGCCCCUAGCAAGUCUUCUCUAUGAAAAGGAGAUGGAGGCAACAUUUGGAGAUAGAAACAAUGCGUUUGCUGUUGCCGUCUCUUCGAGAAAUCUAGAUCUUAUGGCAUUUUGUCUCGAUAUCAACAUAAGGAAGGGAUACAAACCUGAGCACUACAAAAUCAGCAUAAGAGACCCACUCAGUAUACAAGGCACUGUCACGCAUCUGAUAGAAUCAAUUAUGCAAGGAACUCCCGACGAUUAUAUUUUCUUUCGGGAGGAAAUCGGGAUUGUUUCUACCAAUCUAUUUCCAUUGCCGCUUUCGGCCCUCCAAGUACUGAUUUUGACUGCGAACUAUGAAUACAUUCCCUUUUUACUUGGGGAGCUGGGGAUGACAUACUCCCACCAUAGGACUUCGCUUAUGCUGGCAGCAAGCAUGACUGACUCUCCAAUCCUAUUUGAUGCUUUCCCGUAUCUUGUUGCCGAACACGGAAAUAAAGAUGACCAAGGGAUGACUGCUCUUAUGUAUGCUGCACAUCGGGGAAAUAUUUCUUAUUUGCGAGGUCUUCUACACCUGGAGGUGGGCGCCCAGGAUCUGUCUGGGCGAACUGCUCUCAUGCAUGCCGUCAUCCAUAAUAACUUGGAGGCAGUAAAGCUCUUAGCUAGCUAUGAGCAAGGAAUACCCAAUUUCAAUGGAUAUACAUCGUUGAUGGUGGCAUCCUAUAAUAAUCACAUAGAAAUAGUUAGAAUUUUGAUGCAUGAAGAGGCAGGGUUUAUCACCAGUGAGAAGUACACUGCUCUUGCACUGGCUAUGCAAGAAGGACACGUAGAAGUAGCUAAACUGUUAUACUCAUCAGAUGCAGAGGUGAGGAAGACCAAGAUAAAUCCAUUGAUCUGGUCGGCAUUUUGCGGGGACGUAGAGGGCACGCUUCAGUACAGGCAAGAGUACGUGAUGAAGCAGUCGGCUGUUUGUUCUACUGCGCUCAAGUAUGCUGCAUCGGCUCGCUCCCCGGAGACAGUCUCCCUUCUUCUGGAAGAGGCAGGUAUGGCUGAUGACACAAAGAAUACCGCACUCAUGAGUGCAGCACGUCUGGGCUCACUGGAGUGUGUGCGAUUACUUAAGCCUUACGAGCUGGGGAUGAAGAACGAUAGCGGAGAAACAGCCCUGUUCUACGCAGCUACCAGAGGACACGCCGAGAUUGUGACGGAGCUGCUAGAGGAGGCGUCCAUAGUGGGGCAAUCUACCCUGAUUGAUAUGAUCAUGAAGUACGUCACCGAUUUCAGACCAGAACCUAUAAUAGUGGACCUGAUUCUUAAUGAUUUUAUCCCUCGUUUGCUCAACUCUCAGUAA